GAGCAACCCCCCUCCACCAAACCCCAAAUGCGCCUCCAACCUGCUUCAAGUCUCCAAUCCCUCUCGCUACCACGCUUCAUCACCCCCAAGCCUCUCCAAUUAAUCCCCUUGCAAAGAAGAAAGCUCGUGAUGACGAGUACAUCCUCCAAAGAACCGCGUCGAUUCGCUCCUUUCAAAAAAGGCGCGGAGAGAGCGGAGGGAGUGCGGGAGUUGAAGGGCAUUGUUUUUGAUGUUGAUGGUACCUUGUGGUGAGUUUUUUCUCUUGUGUUUAUAAUUUUUGUUUGUGUUUGGAAGGGUAAUGCAGAAAUUUGUUGUGGUGGGGUUUUGGUGGGAUGAAUAUUCGUGAUCCAAUUUUGCUGCAUGUACUUCUUCUUUCGGCAUGUUGUAUAAUCUUUGCUUGAAGAAGUUUUUAAGCAGAAGUUUACCUGCAAUUCAAGCGGAGUUUCAUUUUGGAAGUUAGGACGAAUGUCUUUCCUGCUCCUCUCUGCGACUUAUGACUGCCUUUUCGAAAUCCGCGCAAGUGCUUCUCGAAUUCUCGGCUAUGCAGUGAUGCUUCUUCUUCUAGACAUCUUGGGAAUGUUGGAAUCCUGCCACAUUAAGGAUUAGAAGAACAAAUCAUUCGUUUUUAGUAGCGCGCAUAGCUUUGGAAAACACUCCACUUCUCAAGCCCCCAAGUCCCAAUUCUCUACUUCCCAACCCUCAAAGCAUCAAACCUCAUUCUUUUCUCUCCCCUCAAAGAAAACCCUCAAAACCCAUACGCGAACCAUCACAAGAUCACCUUUCCAUUUCCAAGCUCUCUCACUAACAACCCCCACCACCAGUCUCCAGCAAAACUACAUGUUCGCAGAAAUGCGCUCCGUCCUCGGAAUCACCAAAGGAACCGACAUCCUAGACCACUGCCACUCCCUCCCCCAACCGCAACAAGAAGAAGCGCUCGAGGCCGUGCGAGCAGUCGAACGAAAAGCAAUGGUUGACCAGAAACCACAACCUGGACUCGUGGAACUAAGUACGUACCGUACUGUCCACAAAACCAUCAUUCUCGCUUCCAAGCCGGGAACGAAGAAGACAUCUAGAUAAUGCUGACCAAACACCAGUGACCUACCUAACCGCUCUCCCCCUCCCAAAAGCAAUCGUAAGUCCUCUCUUUCCUCUCUUUCCUCUUCCCUCUUUCCUUCCACAACCCCAUCCUACAACCCCCUUCACACAAAAGCCUCACAUAAAAAUCUAACAAAAAAUCCCCCAGUGCACCCGCAACUUCCCCCUCCCAGUAACCCACCUCCUAACCUCCUUCCUCCCAACCCAACACUUCUCCCCCAUCGUAACCCGCGAGUUCCGGCCUCCGAAGCCGCAUCCAGCGGGGAUCCUACAUAUAGCUGAGUCACUGGGUAUUGCAGCUUCGGAUAUGAUAAUGGUUGGGUAUGUAUCAUUCAUUCCCUCUCUCCCUUCCCUUCCCAACCUCAUACUCUCAUAUCCUCACGCCACCCAAAAAAAAGGAAACACACCAACUAACCCUCCCCCUUUGCCCUCCCCAGAGACUCAAUAGACGACAUGACAGCCGGCCAUCUCGCCGGGACCGCCACCGUGCUACUAGUGAACCUCGAUAACGCCCAUCUCGCCACGCACGAACACACCGAUUUGUGUAUCUCACGGCUCGACGAGCUGAUUCCCGUUUUGGAGAAUGGGUUCGUGGGGAGGAGUGGAUAG